CUACUCUCUCUCCCCCAUUUUCAUUCUCAAAUUCUGACGCAGAUCCCAUUAUCAUCACUACUCCCCCCCCCUCUCUCUCUCAAAAGCCAUGGAGGAUCUUCCUCAAGGUUACCGUCCCAAUGUCGGAGUCUGUAUUAUCAACUCCGAUGAUCAGGUUUUUGUGGCUUCUAAAUUGAAUUCUCCAGGAGCAUGGCAAAUGCCUCAGGGCGGAAUUGAAGAUGGUGAAGAGCCUAUAUCUGCUGCCAUUCGGGAACUGCGACAAGAAACUGGAAUAGUAUCUGCUGAAAUAAUUGCUGAGGUCCCAAGAUGGUUAACCUAUGACUUUCCGCCUCAUGUGAAGGCUAAAGUCAAUCGGCUCUGGAGAGGUGAUUGGCAUGGACAUGCACAAAAGUGGUUUCUCAUGCGAUUCACUAAAGAUGACAGUGAGAUCAACUUAGCUAAUGGUGAAGCAGACCCUGAAUUUGCAGAAUGGAAAUGGUCAAGCCCUGAAGAAGUUAUUGACCAGGCCGCGGAAUAUAAAAAACCAAUCUAUGAAGAAGUUUUGAGAACCUUUAAGCCUUACUUCCAAGGGAAUGCAAUAUCUGCCAAAUGUAAAUCUUCAAAGUGGUGAAUGGUACAAGUCAUUGUAGUUCUAUCCAUAUCGUUAAGUAAUCUUAUUUAAACAACUUGAUAGCACUUGUCUCUUUGUAAAUAGAUAGUAGUUACAUGGUUAGAACUUAUCGUUUCCUGCUUUUAAUGAUGAGAUAUGUGUGUCAGUACCUAAUUAUUUUUCCCCUCUUAA